UCCAGAGGUUUAUGUCACGUGACUUCCUAGUAGGUCCACGCAAGACGGUCUUUGCUGUAUGCGAUUUUUGUUCAGCUUUUUACCAGUUGUAAGCUUCAUGUAGUGACCAAACACCGCAGGAAAUGGCCUUAAGGAAAGUCAAGGGUAAUAUAGAACGAAUGUUCGACAAGAAUUUGACAGACCUCGUCCGCGGUAUUAGAAACAACAAGGAGAACGAGACAAAAUACAUCGCACAAUGCAUCGACGAAAUCAAGGAAGAGCUCCGACAGGAAAACAUGUCUGUGAAAGCGAACGCUGUUGCAAAGCUUGCUUAUCUUCAAAUGUUAGGAUAUGACAUCAGCUGGGCAGCCUUCAACAUUAUUGAAGUUAUGAGCUCUACAAAGUUCACAUAUAAGCGCAUUGGUUAUCUGGCUGCGUCACAGAGCUUCCACGAAGGCACAGAUGUCCUCAUGCUUACCACAAACAUGAUUCGAAAGGACCUGAACAGUCAGAGCAUGUAUGACUCGGGCACAGCGAUGAGUGGCCUGGCCUGCUUCGUGACAGCUGACCUGGCUCGGGACUUGGCCAAUGAUGUGAUGACACUGCUCACAUCCACCAAGCCUUACCUGCGCAAGAAAGCGGUGCUGCUCAUGUACAAAAUUUUCCUUCGGUUCCCGGAUGCCUUGAGGCCAGCAUUUCCACGGCUAAAAGAAAAACUGGAAGACCCUGACCCAGGUGUGCAGUCUGCAUCAGUGAAUGUCAUCUGUGAGCUGGCGCGGAAAAACCCCAAGAACUACCUGUCGUUGGCACCAGUUUUUUUCAAGCUCAUGACAAGCUCCACUAACAACUGGAUGCUGAUCAAAAUCAUCAAGUUGUUUGGCGCCCUCACCCCACUUGAGCCUAGGCUGGGGAAAAAGUUGAUCGAGCCAUUAACUAACUUAAUCCACAGCACUUCUGCAAUGUCCCUGCUUUAUGAGUGCAUCAACACAGUCAUUGCAGUCUUGAUUUCUAUAUCCUCAGGAAUGCCAAACCACUCUGCCUCAAUCCAGCUCUGCGUCCAGAAGCUCAGGAUAUUGAUAGAAGACUCUGAUCAGAACUUGAAGUACCUGGGACUGUUGGCCAUGUCCAAGAUCCUGAAAACUCACCCCAGGAGUGUGCAAGCCCACAAGGACCUCGUGCUACAGUGUCUUGAUGACAAGGACGAGUCAAUCCGCCUCAGAGCUCUCGACUUACUUUAUGGCAUGGUGUCAAAGAAGAACCUGAUGGAGAUAGUGAAAAAGCUCAUGGUCCACAUGGAUCGUGCUGAAGGCACUGGCUACCGAGAUGAGCUGCUCUCCAAGAUCAUUGACAUCUGCUCACAAAACAACUACCAAUUUAUUACAAACUUUGAAUGGUACGUGAGCGUGCUGGUGGAGCUGACCCGUAUCGAAGGGACCAAGCACGGCUUUACAAUUGCAUCCCAGAUGCUGGACGUGGCUGUACGAGUGCAAGCGGUCCGGGCUUUCAGCGUCUCGCAAAUGGCUGUGCUGUUGGACAACACUCACCUGCUGAUGGGCAAUGGCCAGAGAAACAGCAUUUGUGAAGUUCUCUACGCUGCUGCUUGGAUCUGCGGAGAAUACUCAGAGCUGCUGCUGGAGCCGCAGUCGACCCUGGAAGCCCUGCUGCGUCCCCGGGCGAGCCAGCUUCCCCCGCACAUCCAGAGCGCUUAUGUGCACAAUGCCCUCAAGCUCUGGGCCCGCCUGCUAGCUGCCCAGGAGGAGCCCGACUGCAGCCAGCUGCUGUCUGAGCGGCUGCCCCUGUUUGUGCAGAGCGGACACCUGGAGGUGCAGGAGCGAGCCUGCUGUGCCCUGAACUUGGUGAAACAAGUGAGCAAGAUGCACGCACGUGGCGAGAGAGUGGGUGAUGAGCUGCAAGCCCUAUUUGCUGGUGAGCUAAAUCCAGUGGCGCCCAAAGCACAGAAGAAAGUGCCUCUCCCCGAAGGCUUGGACCUGGACCAGUGGAUUAAUGACCCACCCUCAGAAUCUUCAUCAGAAGAGGAGAAUACAACUGAGAUAUUCAUCAAGUCGGAAAGGAGUGCAGCAAUGUCCCACUUCGCAGAAAAAAAGUAUGAGCCUACCAAUGAAGAACUGGAGAAUAUGAGAGAAGCCCGUCGGCAAGAGCAGGCCAGCAACCCUCACUACCUGAAGGCCAUGCCCAAAAGCAGGUCAGCCAAUGGCCACCUGCAAGGGGCAGCUUUGGAUGACAUCCCUGUGACCGAGAUUGAUCUGUCAGUGCCUCUUCACAUACCCGGUCUCAUUUCAUCCGACAAGUAUCUUAACGCAAGUCGCAAGGAACGAGAUGUGGCAGAUGGCGGCAAGAAGAAGAAGAAGAAGCUGAAGAAAGGCAAGGAAAGGCGGAAGAAAACAUCCCAGUUAGCAGUAGCCUCAGAGUCGGAUGAGGAGGAACUGCCUGGUCCACUCGGUGUGGUCAACACAUCCGUUGAGAUGCCUGAAGGUGCUCGGCUGUCUGAUGAUGACGAUGAUGACCGCAAUGCUGAUGACCCACAUCGUGCCUUGGACAUCGACCUGGAAGAACCUCUGCAUGAGGAGGAGAGGCUGCCAGCCCAGGCACAGAACAACAGCUUGUCAGCGGACAGUGCAAAGCUUGCAGCAGAACCUGAAGGGAAGCCAUCCAGAAAACACAAGGAGAGGAAGCAUCGCAAGAAGGGGCACAAGGAGCACCGGAAGGGCCAGCUGCUACCAGAGGCCAAUCACGGCUCAGAGGGUCCCGCUGAUGAGGCAUCCUCGCGUGUCAAGCAGGAUGAUCUGGACUUCUGGCUUUCACCUGUAGAGGGUCAAGAUGGGCCGGCAGGUGGUGACGCUUUGAGGGAUUCAACGCUACCAUCCUCUGGUGCGGCCGAAUUGAAUGGGGCAGCACCUGUGUCAAAGAGUGAGCGGAGUGGGCGCAAGAAGCACCACGAGAGCGAAGCGUCUGGCAGUAAAUUGGAGAAGAAAAAGAAGAAGGCCAAGUCAUCCAAGGGAACAGCCACUCUGCUGCAGCAGGACAUGCCUAAGGACAAACGGGAGUACGAAGAGACGCCAGGAAUCACCACACCGUCCAAGGAGCCCGGUUUCAGCGCCGCCCAGACGCCUAUGACGCCCAGCAUGCCACCGCCUGCCUCAAGUUACAAGCCACUAGCUGAGGACAAGAACAUCAAACUGACAUAUGAAGUGCGUACCCUGCCCAUGGUGCGGGACCAGGUUGUAGUGUCAGUGAUCUUCACCAACCAGAGCGCGUUCCAGCUCAAGGAGAUGGAGCUAAACAUUCUGGACACACUCAACACCAAGAUGCUUCGUGGGGUGAGUCCACAAGAGGGCAUCCAUCUGCCCUUCCAGCUGCCCGAGGGAACAGCCAAUGAGGGCCAGUUUGCCUUUUCCGUGGACAGCGUCAGUAUGGCGCAGCGUCUGCGCGGCACCCUCACCUACAUGCUCAUGACAGAAACUGGUUCCACACACGAGAAGCUGGACUUCAAGCUACACUUGCCAGUCUCUUCAUACCUGAUAGGAACAAUGUCAAAAAGGGACACGUUUGCAGAGCUCCUGAGUGGUGGUGAGCUGUCGGCAAAAGGCAGCAUCACCUUGGAUGCUGUGGAGUACGAAUUCCCUCAUGUGCUCUCCAAGGUGUGCUUCCACUGUCACUUCACAGUGGUAGAGCAAGUUGGCUUGAGUGCGUCCCUGUACAGCCGCUCCAUCCAGGAUGACCACAUCUGCCUUCUAAUCAAGCAUAUGAAUCCCAGCCGGGUGCUUGUGGAUGGCAAGAGCACGAACUCGCAGCUUCUGUCAAGUCUGCUGGAUGAAGUUCGUUCUCUGCUGUGUGCCAGCAGCAUGACCUCCACUUAGGACAGCUCACAGCUAAUUCCAUUCCAAAGCCAUGGGCCAAUGAAGAUGACUGCAUUCAAGGCAUCCCCUUAUGGGGUGAAGACCGUGUAUAUUUAUACCAAGACGUGGCUGACCACUUUCUUUUGCCACAGUUCUUGGGCACGCCAAGGUCCCCCUCCUUUUUUUUUCUUUUGCAUAAAGAGCCAUAUGGCGUUUAACAGGUGCAGACUUCACUUGGCAUGUGCUUA